CUGGGGCGCGGUGAGCUAGUGCAGACUUAGCCGCACUCUACGGGCGCAGCAGACUGAUUAUUGCCAUUCAGGGUUAGUUGUAAACAAUCCCACGCCUCGAAAGACACCUCGUGCUCUCGAUGAAGCUCAGAACUUACACAGAACCUCUGACUAUAAAAAUGCUGUCUCCUGCCGUUGUUUUCCUUUCUCUAUCCUCACAGAUAUCUCAAGCUCAAACAACAACAUGAAAUACUCACUUGCUCUCCCUCUUUCCCUUCUCGGACUCGCGGUCUCAGCUGCUGCUCAAGUCGCAAACGUCACUCUCGAGGUUAUCUCCUCAGACUCCACAAUCGACGGCAAAUUCCUGACUUCCAUCCACGAGAGCGCCGGCGUCAACUACGUCUUCCUCGCCGACUCUGGCGAUUCCUACAUCUAUGACUACGGCGUCAACACCUUUUUCGGAACCAGCUUUGCCGGCGUUUCCGCGUUGCUCCAGGUCGAUGAUGAGCUCCUCACCGUCUCUGUCUUGGAUGGGUACACCAAAUUCGACAUUGUCAAAGGCAACACCCUCGCCGUCAACGGCUCGUCCUCUGGCUUCUACGCCUGCAAGAACACGGGCGACCCUUACUCCUACUCCACCUCGGCCUACCAGGCGAUGUUCUACAGCAGCGACGCUCCUUCAGACUGCAUCCCCUUCACAAUCGAGUACGUCCUUGUCGGACAAUCCGCCAAGAACUCCUCAAGCACCACAUACUCCAACUCGACCACCAACGCGACCUCCACUUCUGUUCCUACCGCUACUUACACCGGAGGUGCUGGUAUGCUCAAGGCCAGUGCUGCUUUGACCGUUGGUGUCGUUGGCGCUGCUUUGGCUCUUGUCCUAUAAGCGCGUUUAUUUCCGAAUGCAGCUGCUAGUCAGGUUCGAAGUCUUGGAGAUAAGACCUAGUCACUCUUGACAGCCACUGCCCCCAAAGAUUUGUACGGAGGCAGAUUUAUCAUCAUCAUCAUUUGUAUUAUAGGAGUACCAGGGACAUUGUAAAUAUGGCGUUAUUAGGGAAUAUUGUUAUUUUAAGUAAUUGAAUUCAUAUACAAGAUACAAUAAAAUUCAGUAAAAUCUAUAAACAAUUGAAAUCGAAAUCAG